CGCACAGCUCCUUUAUCUGCGCAACAGGACGCAGCGGGGCAGCUUUUUACGCGCACGGACGGUCCUCUGUCCGGACGACUCAGCCAACAUGAGCCUCUACGGAUCCACGUCUAAACUGGCCACCCUCGGCUACAGAACCAAUUCCAGACCAGAUCUGGCGAGUUCCAGUUUUCGGAACGAAGUGUUCGCCAGUGGAAACGGUUUCCAGGGAGAAUACCCGGCCGGGGACGGAUUUUACACCACCACCAGCUACUCCAGAACCUCCACGCACGGCGCCGGACAGAGAGUCCCGGUCAGUAUGGGCGGAAGCGGAGGAGGACUAAGUGUGCAGGAAAUCCAGCAUAAAGCGGCGUUCCUGGAUGGCCAGUGUAACGAUUACCUGCAGAGAGUGAAGCACAUCCUGCAGACUGGAGGCUCACAGUUGGAGGUGGAGAAGUUAAUGCACAUGGCAUCAGAAACACAGGAGCAGUUAAGGAGGUGUGCAGAGGAACUGAGUCGUAUGCGCGUGCCUCAUGACAUCGGCAGGAGCUUAGAAUACAUCCAGCAACAGAAGGAAAUCAUCAGGCAGUCCUUCAGUGGGACGAGCACGAGACGGAGCAGAGGCAGCGUGGGUUCGAUUGACGGAGGGAGGUUCUUUAACGACGCCAUGGCCUGGAUCGCCCAACAAAAGCGUCUAAUUGAGACGGCUCCAUGGGGGGAGGACGCGGCUACCAUUGAACAGCAAAUCAUGGCCCAAAAUAAGUUCCACAGCUCUAUUCAGAGAAGCUCGGAGGUGGAUCGAGCCAGAGACGACCUGAACUAUAAGGGUGACAAGGGCAACAUCCACAUCUUGGAUAAAGAGUGGGACAGCCUGCAGAAAAUGUCCCACAGCCGUGUGGCUCACUUACGUGAACUUCAGAGCAUCAUUGAGGAGAUCUCCAGCGCCAUCAUGUGGGUGAAUGACAGAGAGGAGAAGGAGCUUGUGUUUGACUGGGGAGACAAAGACAUUGAGCAGUACAUCCCCAAGAAACAGGAGAGCUACUCGAGGCUGUUGAGGGACUUGGAGGAGAAGGAGAAGGAGCUAAACAAGCUGAAGGGGAAAGCGGACAUCCUGCUGAACAACAACCAUCCCGCCUCAGAUAAGAUAGAGGCCUACAUGGACACCUUACAGACCCAGUGGAGCUGGCUGCUCCAGAUCACUAAAUGCAUUCAUGUUCAUCUGAAGGAGAACGCCGCCUACAGUCAGUUUUUCAAGGAAGCCAAUGAGACCUACGGGAAGCUGCAGAAGGAGCAUGAGAUCAUCCGGAGCAAGUUUGUCUGUGACAAGAACACCUCCCUGGAUAACCUCCUGGAACUCCUCAAACGCCUGGAGAGAGAGAAGGAGAGAAUCGUGCAGAAUAAAAGCCAGGUUCACAGUCUGGUCAACAAGUCCAAGACCAUCGUGAGGCUCAAGCCUCGUUAUCCCGGAGAGACCAGCAGCAGCCCCGUCAUGGUCAAGGCCUUAUGUGACUUCAAGCAAGACCAGAAAGGAAUUUUCAAAGGGAAUGAGGGCAUCCUGAAGGAUAACUCCCAGCGCAGCAAGUGGCUUGUGACGGGUCCUGGAGGUCUGGACAUGUUGAUUCCAUCUGUGUGUCUGCUCAUCCCGCCGCCAAACCCGCUCAGUAUUGGCCUCGCCAACAAGAAUGAGCAGUAUUAUGACGCCAUCAUGGGCAUCUACAACCAGCUCUACAUCAACAUCAAGAGUCUCAUCUCCUGGCAGUAUUGUCUCAGAGACAUCAAUUACAUCAACUCCCUCACUGUCUCUAUGUUGUCCAAAAUGCGUCCUGAAGAGUACCGCAGUAUCCUCAAACGGCUGGAGACUAGCUACCAAGAGUUUCUGCACACCAGCAAAGGCUCUGAGCUGUUUGGGGAAGAGGAAAAGAAGAAGAUCCAGGGCCAGGUCGAUGUUGCUCAAAACCACUAUGAUACCCUGAUUAUCAAGCUGCCGUCUUACACCGUCAAUGAAGUGGAAGAGGUCAAGGUGGUGAAGGCCGAGCCUCCAAAACCAGAGCCCGUCAAACCUCUGACGCACAAGGUCCCCAAGGUGACUGUCCCAAAGGUCACAAGCCAGCCUCCCGUAGCCACCUCCACCCUCAGCAUCACCAUGCUCAGCAAUCUGCACGAAGUCCGGCGCCGGCUGGAGCUGGCUGAGUCCGAUCUCACAAGGCAUCUUCAUCUUCCUCUGGGUGACAACGGUGUGAACGAUUGCUUGCAACACAUCCAGAACCUUCAGAUUGUGCAUCAAGAUUUGGAGUCUAUUCAUGACGAGUACCUGCGGCUGAGAGAGAAGAUUUUGAAGCAGCUGGAAGGGAUUUCUCCGGAAUCAGAGCAAGCCAAGUUCCUGCAAUCUGAACUGGAAGUCGUCAGACAAAAACUAAGAGGUCUUGAGGGCCUUUCCUCGGCUUACCAUCAAAGACUAUCCGCUCUGAAAGCGUUGCUCCAGAGCCUCCUCCAUGCCGAGGAUGUCAUUAAAGUCCACGAGGCCCGGCUGACAGAGAAGGACACGUCCUCUCUAGACAUUCAAGAGAUGGAAAACUAUCGGAGCACGCUGAAGCAAAUGAAGCUCGAUCUGGAGCAAAAACGAGACCUGCUGACAGCUAUGGAGUCCGACUUGGCUAAAGCCGUGCACUGGAACGGCCAAAUUUCUGAGCCGUUUCACAAGUGUGACGUGGAUCUGUCCAAGUACUCAGACAUGGUGGGUCAGCUGUCUGACCGCUGGCGUCGCAUUCAGUCCCAAAUUGACAGCAGAAUGUGGGACUUGGAGAAACAGGAGAAGCAGCUGAAACAUUACCAGCAGAGCAGCACUUCUUUGGAGCAGUGGGUAGACAAUGCCAAGAAGCGCCAAGAUAACCUCCAGAUGACCAAGCUCACUGACAUUCAGACACUGAUGGACCACCUCAACCAACAAAAGGCACUUCACACUGAAAUUAAAGGAAAGAAGGAGAAAGUGGAGGAUGUGCAGAAAAAUGCAGACACCUGUGCCACCACUAUAAAGGACUAUGAGAUGCAGUUGGCUUCCUACAGUUCAGGCCUGGAAACUCUGCUGAACAUCCCCAUCAGGAGAUCGAUGCUGCAUUCACCUGCUAGUGUCGUCAGACAAGAGGCGGCUGACCUUCAGUCCCGCUACAUAGAGCUACUCACCCGCUCGAGUGACUACUACAAGUUCCUUGGAGAGAUGCUCAAGAACAUGGAAGAACUGAAGAUCAGGAACACCAAGAUUGAGUUGCUGGAGGAGGAACUGAGGCGUCUGAAGGACGACCUCCAGGAUCAUGACCAGAAAAACAAGUCUCUGGAGGAGGUUCUGAACCGCUACAAGCUGGAGCUCAGCCAGUCCAAAGACCAGCUCCUUUCCAUGGAGGAAGUCAAAAGAACCACGGCAAUACAAGCCAGUGCUGCAAGAGAGAGCCUGGACAGCACACACAAUGAGCUCAAAGACCUCAAUGACAAGCUGUCCCGCCUCACCUAUCAGCUGGAUGAGGAAAAGAGGAAAAGGAGACUGGCAGAGGAGCGUUACAACAGCCAGCAAGAAGAGUAUGAGGCGGCCGUUCGCCGCAGACAGAAAGAACUGGAAGAGCUGAACUGGGCGAAGAUUGACUUGGAAAAGUCGGUGAAGGACAAAGAACGUGAACUGGAAAGACUGAAGAUACUGCUCGAAGAGGAGGCAACACGUCGGCGCAAUGCCGAGACAGAUAUCUCAAAGGUAAGAACACAGUGCACCCAGGAGCUUAAUCAGCUCAAGCAGACAUAUGAGAAGGAGAUCCACGUCACCAAGACCACCAUACUGAAGACCUCACAGCAAAGAGAAGAAGACACGGCAGAACUGAAAAUGCAAUGUGACCAACUUUCUGCUGAGAAGAGAGAUCUGGAGGAUGAGCUCAGGAGACUGAGGCAGUCCAUUGCUCAUGCAGAGGAGCAGAUGGGCAAAGCAGAGGCAGAGGCCAGCCAGCAGAGGGCCUCAGUGGUGCAAGAAACCAGGAUACGCAGCGAGCUGGAGGUGCAACUGAGAACGUUCAUGCAUCAGCGAGAAGAGAAUGAGCGAAAGCUAACGGAAGCCACUGCAAACAGUCAGGAGAAAACCAGGCAGAUCAACAAGCUAACACUUAACCUGGAGGAGGAAGGAAAGAAACGAAGAGCUCUGGAGAUGGAAGUAAACCGCCUGAAGCAGAUUGAGGCCGAGCUGAAGGCAAAGAACACCUCCUACCUCGAGUCCAUUAACAAGCUGAAAGUGUCUGAGCAGGAGGUCCGCAUCACCCGAGUGGAGCUGGAGAAGCAGGCCAGCGAGAAAGCCAAGGCCGAACAGAGUUCCGCCAGGCUGCAGAGUCGUAUCCGUGAACUGCAGAGUUCCCUUGAUGGGGCGCAGGCGGAGCUGGAGAAGCAGAAGAAGGCAAGUCAGGAGGAGUUCACACGCAGAAAAAGAAUGGAAGCUGAGCUGGAGAGGGUGACCAAAACCUGCCAAGAACACACUACCACAAUUACCACCCUGAAAUCUAUUCAACACGAGGCGUCCACGACUGGGAGGAAGUAUGAACAAGAUCUCAGGGUCCUGCAGGAUGCCCUGGAUAAGAGCCAAAGGGACCACAAAUUAGCCAAGGAGGAACUAGCCCGUGUCACAGCUGAGCUUAAGAUGCUGAAACAGAAGCUCCAACAGGAAGAGACCCAGAUUUAUGAGCUCAACCAGCGUAACGAGAGCCUGUACAAGACCAUCGAGGAGAAGAGCCGGCUUCUUAACGACUCCACCACAGAGAAUGAAAACCUAAAGCGCAUGACCCAGACCCUGACAAAGGAGAGACUGAGGCUGGAGGAAGAGCUGAGGACAAUUAGGCAGGAGAGAGACGAGCUGAAGAUUAGCAAAGACAGCAUUGAUGGAGAAAGCGUUGCUCAGAUCUCAGCCUUGCACGCCCAGCUUCAGAGCAGCAGCAAGAGGACAAUGGAACUGCAGGCGCUCAUCAAUGACCUGACCAAGGAGAGAGAAAAGCUAAAAUUGGAAAUAGACAAAUUCCAAAAGCAGUCCAUUGAGACUUCGAUGAUGGUGCACACAUCCCAAAGCCAAUACAGUGAUCUUAUGCUGGAGAAGGAGAAUCUGCUGUCCAAGAUUAAACUGCUUGAGCAAGACAAGAACCGUCAGCAGCGCCUUGAAGAGGAGCUCGCUCGCAUCAAGCUCUCAUUAGAGGCUGAGCUACGCAACAAGCAACGGCUGCAAGAUGAAAAAAAUGCUGUCGUCAAGGACUUUGCCUACAUGAAGAGCCAGUUUGAGAUGAAAGACGGUCAGAUUAGGCAGUGCGAAUCAGACAGGGACAAGGCUUGCAGAGAGAAACUCUCCUUGAAAAAUGAGGUGGAGAAGCUCAUGAGGGAACUAGUAAGUGUUGAGGAAAAAUACAAGUUGCGUUUAGUAAACUCAGAGAAGGACUAUUCGGACCUGAUUCUCAAAAGAGAUGCUCUGGAAAGAGAGAUACUGAGGCUGCAGCAGAGGCCAAACAAUAUGAGCAGGCAGACUCAAACAGAUGAGAAGAUGCCAACUAUUGAUGCUUCUAAACUCGUAUUUGAAGGUGUGCGCCGCAAAGUAACAGCUCAGCAGCUUUGUGACUGUGGAAUAAUCAGUAAGGCCACUCUAGACCAGCUCCUAAAAGGAAAAAAGAUAGUGGAUGAGGUAGCUGCAGACAUUCAUCUCAAUCUGAAGGGUACCGGCAUCAUUGCAGGUAUAGCAAGUGGCUCUCAUGGGAAAAUGCCAUUCACUGAAGCCAAAAACAAGAAACGUCUUAGCCCAGACAGUGCCCUCAUGCUACUGGAGGCUCAGGCUGCAACCGGCUACAUCGUGGACCCCACAUUUAAUGAGAAGAUGCAUGUGGAUACUGCCUGUUCCAGAGGGAUUAUAGACACAGAAGACAGAGACACCUUGCUGAAAGCCGAAGCAGCUAGUACAGGCUUCAAAGAUCCAUAUAGUGGAAAAGUUCUAUCUCUGGGUCAGGCUUACAAACAGGGUCGUGUUGACAAAGAUACAGCCAUCCGCUUGCUCCAAGCCCAAGAGUCUGUUGGAGGCAUCUUGGAUCCCAUUCUCAGUGUGUUCUUGCCAAAGGAUCUAGCUUUGGAUCGCAAUUUGAUUGAUGAGGAGCUCUACAGGGCUUUGAACCAAAAGCCCCCCUGCUACCUGGAUCCAAAGACGGCAGAGAAGAUAAGCUACAGUGACCUUCGGAAGAAGUGUACUGUGGAACCCAUUUCUGGCUUGCUUCUGCUUCCGAGCCAAGAAAAAUCCAUAUCAGUAAGAGGUUUCCGUCGUGAUAUUCCUGUGGAAGAGCUAGUCGAGUCCAAGUUGAUCGAUGAAACUGACUUGCAGAAGCUCAACCAGGGCAUGAUCUCAAGCAAAGAUAUUGAAGACAAGUUGAAGUCCUAUCUCCAUGGCUCCUCCUGUAUUGCUGGUAUCUAUGAUGAGGCCAAUGAACGUAUACUACCCCUCUAUCAGGCAAUGAAGGAAGAUCUACUCAUGAGAGGAACUACACUGGAGCUUCUUGAGGCCCAGGCUGCUUCUGGUUUCAUUGUUGAUCCAGUCAACAAUGUCUUCUUGACAGUAGAGGAGGCUGUAAAGAGAUGCCUAGUAGGGAAAGAGUUUAAGAAUAAAUUGUUGUCUGCAGAAAAGGCAGUAACUGGAUACAAAGACCCAAGCGAUGGAAAGACCAUCUCUCUUUUCCAGGCUAUUGAGAAAGAACUCAUUGAGAAAGGCCAUGGAAUACGUCUGCUUGAGGCCCAAAUUGCCAGUGGUGGAAUCAUCGAUCCAAAAGGGAGCCAUCGCAUUGAUGUAGAUGUUGCCUACAAGAAGGGGUAUUUUGACGAGGAGAUGAAUGAGAUCCUAACCUAUGAAGGCGAUGAUACAAAGGGCUUCUUUGACCCAAACACCAAGGAAAACCUGACAUAUUUACAACUAAAAGAGAGGUGCAUCACAGAUCCCAAAACAGGUUUAGUGCUUCUGCCACUCAAAGACAAGAAGAAGAUGCAGAAGGCACAGGAAAGUCGUACAAAUGUUCUUCGCAAAAGGCGUGUUGUGAUUGUUGAUCCUGACAGUGGGCAGGAGAUGUCUGUGAGGGAGGCCUAUCAUCGGGAACUAAUUGAUUAUGACACUUUCCUGGACUUGUCGGAGCAAGAGUGCGAGUGGGAGGAAAUAACUAUCACAGGUCCAGAUGGAACAGCACGUCUGGUUUUGGUUGACAGGAAAACAGGAACUCAGUAUGACAUUCAGGAUUGCCUAGACCGAGGUAUCGUUGAACAAAAGUCUUUGAGUCAGUAUCGUGCAGGAGAGUUAACCUUGACACAGUUUGCCGACCUCAUCGCCAGCAGAACCAGCAACACUGAGAUGACAAUCGCAGCCAGCAAUGUUGAUGACAUGGUCACCUGCUCCACUCCCACUCAGGCUGCACCAUCUUCUCCUACAGUCCGCAAACGCUUCAGCAGUAUUUCUAUUACGGUCUCUCCACCUGAGAUGUUUGAUGACCAAAGCCCCGUGGCAGCUAUAUUUGACACAGAGACCGUGGAGAAGAUAACUAUUACUGAAGGGCUCAGAAGAGGCAUAAUUGAUACAAUUAGCGCACAGCGGUUGCUGGAGGCCCAGACAUGCACAGGGGGCAUUAUCAACCCUGCCAGUGGGGAGAGACUGUCCCUGCAAGAUGCUGUCACUCAGUGCCUGAUUGAAGAAAGCAUGGCAUCAAAACUUAAACCUGCCCAGAAAGCCUAUACUGGUUUUGAGGAUGUGAAGACUAAAAGGAAGAUGUCUGCAGCCGAGGCGGUGAAGGAGACGUGGCUGCCGUACGAGGCUGGCCAGAGAUUUUUGGAGUUCCAGUACCUGACAGGGGGUCUGAUAGAACCUGGCACCGGACGUCGCAUCACCAUUGAAGAAGCUAUCCGCAAGGGUUGGCUAGAUGGUCAAGCAGCCCAGAAGCUUCAGGAUACACAGAGUCACCAGAAGAAUCUGACCUGCCCCAAGACUAAACUGAAGAUCUCCUAUAAAGAAGCUAUGGACAGCUGCAUGGUGGAGGAGAGUAAAGGAAUGAAGUUGCUGCAAGCGUCCUCAGUGUCCAGCAAGGGAAUCAGCAGCCCUUACAACGUCUCAAACCCCGGAUCUCGGUCUGGGUCCAGGGCUGGCUCCAAAAGUGGCUCUCGUAGAGGCAGUGUGGAUUACAGCUCCAGCUACACCUACAGCUUCUCAUCCAGCAGUACCACCUAUACCUCCAACCCUCAACCUUAAUGUAGCACAACAAGAAAGAAUGAUUUAAGAUACUACUAACAGGUUCUACACAAUGCCACCCCCCCCUUUUUUUAGUCAUUUACUUAUCUAAAAUAUUUUCUGCUGUGUGAUGUUGGGAAAAAUAUAGCAAUAUUGAAUAUAAAUAUUUUUGGAUUGUUCCUGAAUUCACUGAACCGUUUAAAUUUUUUGUCAUUGUGAUUUUGCAUUUCUGUGUUAACCUUUAUGCAGAUUAUAAUUCACAAGCGUGUGCUAAUACAUUUUGAAUUAAUCUAAUUAUCACAGCUCA